AAAGGUGAGGGAGCAACUGAGAUUUAGUGCCAGUUUGCUUUCAUUAUCAGCCCCUUAAGAGGACUACAGGCAGCUCCUGACAAUCUACGUGGAGACAGUUACCUGUUUAAGGUCUCCCGUCCGUUGAAGGAGCUAGACACCUGCCUCCCACGACCCUAAAACAAUCAUCAUGGAAACCAUAGAACGCAUUGUGGAAAAAUGCAACUCCAUCUAUCGGAGGGCUGAGAGUGUGAAGGUCUACAAAACCAACUGUGACACAAUCGCCGAAAGAGUCCACAUCCUGGAGAGACUGGUUAAGGGGAUCGAAAAAAAGGGACCUGAUCACAUCACUCCCACAGUUUCCCAAUCUUUGAUAGAAGUCCUUAUGACUCUGACUACUGCAGAGGAACACAUAACGAAAUUCACCAGGUCGAGCACUAUUAAAGGAUCUAGUGCCAAGACUAAAGAUAAUGAGGCAAUGUUUGGUAGGAUAAGUAAAAAAAUAGAUGAUGGCUUGCAGGUUCUGAAUGCGGCACAAGCGAUUGAUAGUCCCAUUGCGCCAAAGCAAACAACCUACCCUGCAGGACCGACGUUUUCUCCGUUUCCACAGCCCAGCCAGACUCUGCAGGUGCAGCAGUUCAGCCUUGCAGCCUCUAUGCCUCCUCCACCACAACCGUUAUACCCCGCAACCUCUCUGCCUUCUCCAACAGCAUCAUUAUACUCCCAACCCUCUCUGCCUCCUCCAACAGCCCCGUUAUACCCUACAGCCUCUCUGACUUCCCAAACACAGCAGUACAACCAAAGUUUCUCCAAACCUAUGGUUCCAACUUUCCAAAUGUCCAACCACAUGACCACUGUGCCUCUGCACAGCAAUAACCCACCAGCCUCAUUUUCCACGGCCUGUUAUGGUUUCAGUGUUCCACAACCAGGCAACGGCUACUAUGCGAAUGGUUCUGGCACCAUGACGUCGAUGUCUUACCCCACCCCAAUGAAUAUCUCCCACCAAAGCACCUCAAUCGCGACAAAUUAUGUUGUCAACAAUCCCACCUUUCAGUAGGGUGCUUAAGAGGCUAAAAUAAUAAAUUGGCUCAACUUGGAGGAGGUAAAACAUUUAAAAAUGAGGUGGAAACAAUAGCAAAAAUCCCUGCGAGUCUGCGCAUCUGUAAUCAUGUUGAAUGUUCAGAAAUAAAAAUAGUAAAUGAAUAAUGAAGAAGACUUCUGUGCAGCCAAAAACAAAUUAAGGCAGCAAUCCCUUAUGCAGUUAUG